UUAAUUUCUACGACGAUAAAACAUUAUCUUAAUGGACCACCUAGACCUUCAUGGAAUUUAAAAUGUCACAUAUUUUGGGCAAAGUUUGUAUCAUUACUACUGGCGUGGUGAUAAAUGAAUUUAAGAUAGAUAAUAAAUAUAGAAACGAAGCUCAAGUCCAUCUUGAUAAAAUAUUGAAACCAUUUGAACAUGUCUUAGAUCCUGAAUGGAAAAAUUUGAAAGAUGAUGGAAUUAUUACUGAAAAUUAUCGUUGUAUUACAAGCUCUCUUGCUAAAAUAGCAAAUGCAAGAGUUUUAGCUUUAAAUCCAAAAAAUAUUGUAAUAUGUGAUAAUAGUGCUGGAGGUAGUUUAAGUUCAUUUCUUGAUGACGAGUGUUCUGAUUAUAUUCGAAAUAUGAAAAGAGGUACUGCUAAUUACGCAGGAUCUCAAGCUAGUAAAGAAUAUAAAGAAAAGGAGGCUGCUCUCAUUAAGAACAGUCUAGUAAUCCCAUAUGUUAGUCCGAUGUUAGCUGAAAGCUUAGGUGAUUUACCUCCUUUGUUAUUGAUUGCAGGAGAAGAUGAUAAAUUUCGAGAUGAAGCAAUUUAUUUUGCUCAUAGCGCUUCCGAACCAACUAAAUAUAAAGGUCCAUCGUAUAAUGCUGGCAAAUUUGAAAAAUCUCCAUUCCAAACUCCGACAAAUACUACACUCGAAAAUAUAUGA